GGUUGUUUGGACAGCCACAGAGAGAACCGCGGAUUAAGACAGCCCUCUCCCUGUAAACUUGUUCUACUGGAGCCUUCUCCAUCUGCGGAGCCGGUCACCGAGGAAAGGGGCUGUGGGGUCACCUUUCGCGCGCAUCUAACCCAACUUGUCUCCAAGCAGCGUUUCACUGACAUGCACCAAUCGGCGAAGGCAUGCUCCGGGAGAUCCCGAUUUGAUUCGGACUAGUCUGCCUGAGAGUUACCGUGAAGUCGGCUGGAGAUGAACUCUGAAGGUACAUGUCGGUCUCAGAGCAUUCAUGAUAAGGGUCAGUGCGUCUCCUCCUCCCCGAGCCACAUGAGAAGUUUGACCGGGGCUGGCUGAAGGGAGGCUACCUGUGUUUCCGACUGGCCGUUUCAUCUUUGUAGCUCAAGCAACCGGGUGACUGUUUGACAGGACAGUGAGGGUUGCAUGCAUCAGUGCCAAGAAAUUGCAUUACGUGGGAGACUUCUGCUAAGGAGACAAAGAGACAUUUUUGAAGGAUGGAGGAUAGAGCUGAGCAAGGAAGCACACAAGAGAAUGGUAGCAGCAACGGCACGGCCAGAGAACCAAACUCCUCUCACUGCACCAGCCUGAAGAUGUUUCUGGUGGCUCUGUCCUUUGCCUAUUUUGCAAAGGCUCUGUCGGGGAGCUACAUGAAGAGCACAAUAACUCAGCUGGAGAGGCGCUUUGACAUCCCCAGUUACCUAAUAGGUGUCAUUGACGGGAGCUUUGAGAUAGGUAACCUGUUGGUGAUAGCUUUCGUCAGUUACUUUGGGGCCAAGCUCCAUCGGCCAAAGAUCAUUGCAGUGGGUUGUGUACUGAUGUCCAUUGGCACCUUCAUCAUCGCUCUGCCUCACUUCAUCAUUGGACACUAUAAAUUUGAAACAUCAGUGCGGUGGGUAGGGAACUCAUCACUUAACCCCUCUCCCUGUCCGGUGGGCUCACCAGCUGACCUGACCCAAGAUGGUAAACUGCCUGAAGUGCCAGCCAAAGGUGAGCGUUUACACCUAUACACACUAGUGCAGACAAGUAAAGAUGUCCGACUACACUCGUCCUUUGCUCCAGGUUGUGAGGGCGAGUCCAACCUGUCGAUGUGGAUCUAUGUGCUCCUGGGAAAUGUCCUGCGGGGGAUCGGAGAGACGCCAGUUCAGCCUCUUGGGAUCUCUUAUAUAGAUGAUUUUGCUUCUGAGGAGAACGCUGCCCUAUAUGUGGGCUGUGUGCAGACCAUUUCGGUGGUUGGCCCUGUGUUUGGCUAUCUGUUAGGCUCCCUUUGUGCCAAAAUCUAUGUGGACAUUGGAUUUGUAAAAAUGGAAACCAUCACCAUCACCCCAGCAGAUUCUCGCUGGGUGGGGGCCUGGUGGCUGGGCUACCUCAUAGCCGGGGUCAUCACCCUGCUCUCUGCCAUUCCAUUCUGGUUUCUGCCCCGCUCCCUGCCCAUAUCUCGGCCCCAGGGUUCAGAGAAGUGCGCACCAGAGCAGAGGAGUUUCAUUAAAGACUCUCCCCUUCUGAAGCACAAGUAUCCAGCAGACAAACAUACUAGUUUUAUAGAGAUGGCCAAAGACUUUAUUCCAACUCUGCAAACUCUGCUGGGACACCCUGUGUAUCUGAUCUACCUGUGUGUGACAAUCAUCCAGCUGAACUCUCUCAUUGGCAUGGUCACCUACAAGCCCAAGUACAUCGAGCAGCACUUCAGGCAGUCCGCUUCAAAGGCCAACUUUCUGAUGGGUGUGAUCAAUAUCCCCGCUGUGGCACUGGGGAUGUUUUCUGGAGGUCUGCUAAUGAAGAGGCUGAAGCUGAACAUCAUGGGCGCAGCCAAGUUUGCCUUUGGCACUUCUUUGAUUGGUUACAUCUUGUCGUUGUUGUUCUUUGCAAUGAGCUGCGAGAAUGCAAAGGUAGCCGGGGUGACACUUUCAUACAACAGCAUGGAUAGGAUAUCUUAUGAUAAACAUCCAGUGUACACAGCCUGCAACUCAGACUGUUUUUGUUCAGCGAGUGACUGGGACCCAGUCUGUGGAGAUAAUGGUAUCACGUAUGUUUCUCCCUGUCUUGCUGGCUGCACCAGCUCUGCUGGCUCAGGGAAAAACACAGUCUUCUCUAACUGUAGCUGUGUCGGUGUGGCUGGUAACUUUACGGCCAGUACAGGUCAGUGUCCUCACAAGGACGACUGUGACAGUGUGUUCCCGUACUUCCUGGCUCUCUCUGUCAUCACUUCCUUUAUCAUCUCCCUCGGGGGGACACCAGGCUACAUGCUUCUCAUCAGGUGCAUAAAACCACAGCUGAAAUCUCUGGCCUUGGGUUUCCAUGCUCUGGCAACGCGUACCCUUGCAGGAAUCCCAGCACCCAUCUACUUUGGAGCAAUCAUUGAUACCACAUGUCUAAAAUGGGGUCAGAAAAGGUGUGGAGGCAUAGGAGCCUGUAGAAUCUACAACACCACUGCAUACAGGAUUGCAUACCUUGGCCUGACACUGAGCCUGCGGACUAUCUCGUUCAUUAUUUGCAUCCCGGGCUUCAUUCUGCUCAGUCGACAGCUGAAGAAAGAGGAAAAAAAUGCCAUCCAUGGAGCUCUGGCCAACGGAGGAACAGAGCUGGAGGCACUCAGGAAGGAGGAGUUUGUGAUUUCUAAUUCUGACCAGUUACAACAAACAUCAGACAACCGCACAGACAGGGAGACACGGCUGUGAUCCAGCAGAACUGACCCCCUUUGUCCCCCUUCACACACACCACAGAUGAACAAAUACAUCCAUACACAUAUAUAGACACCCACAGUAUGCACAGAGUGACACUGUACACAUGCACACACACUCACACAAAUGAGAUUUGCAGGGAAUCACACGUUGUAUCCGAUUAUCUCAUAUAAAGCAUAAAUUCUAUAUUUGUACUACUGGAUCUGUAAAGGCUUUCUGAAUUUGACAGAAAUUUGAUAUAACUGACAUAUUUCUUGAAUGUACAUGCUGUUCUUUUUCCUUAUAAAGAAAACUAUUUUUCUGUUUUAAUGGUGGCACAAGAGAUUAGAUGGGAAAUAUGACUUGUACAGACUACUGCAGAAAAAGUGUAAUUCUGAACACCAGCACUUAUAAAGCUGACUCUUUGGAUUUUUCUUUCAAAUGAAGUUUUUCUUCCUAAUCACCAGUGUUACUGAACAGAAGAAGAGAAGUGGCCUUAAAAACCAGACAUGACACUAAAUUUAAAUGAAAAAUGAAAAAAAUAAAAAUAAAAUGAGGAAACGAGGAAAAUUUGGCCUU